AUGUCCGAGCAUUCGCCUGAUAGCACCGGAGCGGGGAGUAACUCCAGCAGUGUCUCUGUCUCACUCGUGAUCAAGGCCUGUGAUAUGUGCCGCAAGAAAAAGAUCAGAUGUGAACCCAAAGAUCACACCUGUGUACAAUGCCUUAAAUACAAAACACACUGUCACUUCACACCCAUCAGCACAAAACGUGCUGCGAGAAGGCCAGCUGGGCACAAACGUGUUGAAGAACUCGAGAGGAAGUUGAAGAGUGUGGAAGAGAGCUUAAAGCGUGCUACGGAGCAACUUCAACAAACUCCCAGUUUCGAGCAUGAAAGACCACGGAGGGAACCUGCUACCGUGCCAGUGAUGACUGACGAACUCGGCUCUACGUCUUUCAUGAACCUAUUGUAUCAGGACCUGCCAACAGAUUUGGCUUCUGGUAUGCCUUGGAUGAAUUCUCUAUCACCAAACUUCGACAUGAACAUGAACUGCCCGAAUGCACCGAUCUCGUCAGACCCAGGUCUAAAGAUCAUGCCCACCUGGGACCUUAGCGCUGCCGGCGACAUGUUUACGCGUCGUAUAUUCAAGAACCUCCCGCCCAGACAUGAAGCCAUAACCCUCAUCAAAACCUCCCUUCAUUGCUUCAACUCCGCCUUUCCUCUCUUUAAUGAGGAUUUUUUCAUACAAAGACUUGACGACCUGGACACUAGCAUCAGAGACCCCGGCUUCUGGGCCUGCUUGAAUAGUGUUUUGACAUUAGGUCAUCGCUUCGGCAUUCGCAACAGCGUCCAAGUAGCCGAAGACAAUGAAGCUUGGGGCUAUUUUCGCAAUGCCUUGGGCGUUGUGAAUCAGCUUACACUGAUGCCGCCUUCUAUAACGUCCGUACAAGCUCUCCUCAGUCUGGCAAUUGUCAUACAAGGAACACCAAAUCCAGCGCCUUACUCGUUCCUCAACACUGCGGCUGUGAAGAUGGCUCAGCAAUUGGGCCUGCACCGCCGGAACGUGGACCCCAACAUGAGCGCAGCCGAGAUCGAGGAACGAAAACGAGUGUUCUGGAUCGCCUACGCCAUGGACAAAGAAGGUGCUCUGCGCAACAACGAGCCGCCUGCACAAGACGACGACGAUAUGGACGUUGAUCUCCCAGACUACUGCAAUUUCUCCGAGAUUGGACCCCACCAACACAACUUCUUCCGUUUGCGAAUUCAGCUCGCUCUGAUCCAGAGCAUGGUCUACAAGCGACUACUUUCAGCCAAAGCGAGCCGGCAAUCCGUCGCCGAGAGAGUAAACGCUGUUCGGGAUUUGACAGCGGCGCUCGAGAACUGGAAGCUCAGUGUACCGAUCGAGUACCAGCAAGAAUACAACAAGGAGGCGAGCUCAGCCAUGAAGGACAUCUCCCCUGUCCUGCACUCGGUGAUCUUACGCUUAACGUAUUUCCAUACGCUGAUUGCUGUCCAUCGGUUCGCCACGCCAGUCAAUCAAUGGCAGGAGAUGAUGGAAGCGCCAACGGAUCCAAAUGUAACAUGGCCACCUCCGCCAUCGAUCACUUGUAUCGAAGAAGCGAGGAAAUCUCUGAAGCUGCUUCUGAUCACCCCACAAGGAGAAUAUGCCUGCAUCUGGGUCCUUCUGCAUAUCUUUGUGUCAGCGACCACAACGCUCCUCGCCAACGUUCGCUCUGAUCCACUAAGCUAUACGGCACAAUCCGAUCUGCAGCUCAUCGAGCCCUUGCUGAGUCUGCUGGGCCUGCUCUCGCUGCAGGGGAAGAGUCCCAAGGUCGAAGGGAUGUAUGAGAGUUGUAGAACGGCGUGGGAGCAAGCUCGUAGGGUGGUUUGGGAUGCCAGGGGUCGAGGUGCGGUUUCGAACGGGAGGAAUCACAUGAUUACCGUCCCGUAUAUACCGGAUCACACGAUGCGGCAGCCGCAGAUCACUAGUGCAAGGGUUUCAGAGGAAAAGGAGAGCUUGGAAGAAUUCAUACGCAGGAUUGAGAGUCUUGCGGGAGGGGAUGGGGGGCCGUUCGAGUUUGGUUUCUAUUGA